AGUCGUGAUAUAAACAGAUGUCGGAACUGUUUCGCGAAUACGCUUUUGCAAAGUUUUGUGCGAAGAAUCGGUCAAUUACAUUUCACUGAUCAAAGUAACGUCCAUUGCAGUGUUUAAUCGGUACAUAAGGUUAAAGUGAUUAUUCAUACAUUUGAAGAAAGAUAACUGCAUAUUCAUUGAGAAAUAUAUCGUCAGUGCUUCUAAGAAUGGUGACAAAUUAAUUCAACACUCAAUGAAAAAUGCAAGAAUGAGUUAUAACACUAAGUGAAUCUGACGUCACAUGUGUCAUGUUCAGUAUCACCUGCGUCAAGAGAAAAAAUAUAGUCGCAAUUUGCUCUGAACCGAGCCGAGUCGAGUGUCAACAUCAACAACAGUGUGCAAUCAAAAUAGAAAUGGGAAUGUUGUGCUAAAAAUGAGGUGAAAAAAGGCGUCGUCAGUUUCGUUAACAACCAACGCAAGAGAAGUGCAUCAUCUGUUGGAACGUUAUCACUCAGCAAGGGCCCGAUAGCCGAGUGAGAGUGUUUCUGUCUGGUGAAGAAAAAAAUCAAAAGAAAAAACGAAAACAGUCUGGUGGAAUGCUUAAAUCCGCGCUAAUUCUGGAAGCUUAACCAUCGCGCGCUGCGCAAGGGCGAAAAAAAGUGCAAUAAAUGUGAUAAAGACGUUCGUCAAGACGGAUUCAAAGUGAAUGAAUGAUAAGUGCUCAAGAAGAGUUUCGUUUCGUGAUUGGCAGUGAAAAUUGGCGAGCUCAGUUCUGGUCCUACGGUAACCGUGACAACAACGCCCCGGAGAAGCAUUUGCUGCGAGCCGGAUAGCGGUGCCAGGUUCUUUUGUCAGUGCAUGCGGUGAAUGUGCUACAGUUUCGCAACGGAUCUUCUCAGCUGGAUUAAGACUGCGCAGCAAGCUAUCAUGUCGAACGCAACGGCUUUGAUCGAUGAAUUGGACGGAUGUCUGCAAUAUGUCGGCGGCACGGGCGGUGCCUUGGCGCUGACGGGGGUGGCUGCUGCGACCGCCUACUACUACGCUACCAGACCAAUACCGGAAAAACCACUAGUGCCUCUAGAUAAUCAGUGUCCCAUAGAAGAUGGUCCUGAACAAGUCCACGUGUCCAAAUUCUAUAAAGAUGCCAAGGAUGGCAAAUAUAUCAGCUGUUUGGCAGAUGACGCCCGAACGCUGUAUCAAACCUUCCGAAAAGGAGUCAUCGAGUCGAACAAUGGACCCUGCUUGGGCUGGCGAGACAAUCUUCAGUCGCCUUAUCAGUGGAUGAACUUCAACGAGGCCCUGUUGCGGGCGAAGAACUUCGGCUCCGGACUGAUUGCCCUCGGACUGCGACCUGGCCCGUCCACUUUCGUUGGUAUCUACUCCCAGAACCGCCCCGAAUGGAUUCUUUUCGAGCAGGGAUGUUAUUGUUACUCGUUGGUUGUUGUUCCUUUGUACGAUACGCUUGGACCGGAUGCGUGUGCGUUUAUCAUCGAUCAGACGGAAAUCUCCGUCGUGGUGGUCGAAGACGACAAGAAGGUUAACUUGAUACUCGACAAGGCACCCAAAACUCUCCGGAAGUUUGUGGUGAUCAAAGAGGUUCGGCCAGCCACGCUUCAGCGUGCCAAGAACCGUGGCAUCGACAUUCACUCGUUUGACGAGGUGGAAAAACUCGGUGCCGCCAAAUCGUUCCCGGAAGUGGAACCCAAGCCGUCGGAUCUCUGCACGGUUUGUUACACAUCGGGUACAACGGGUAAUCCAAAGGGGGUGAUGCUUUCGCACAUGAAUGUCGUUUCCGGUGUUGCCGGAGUGUUCAUGCAGCUCGGUCCUCACAAGCCUCGCGUAGGCGAUAUUAUGAUUUCGUUCCUCCCGUUGGCACACAUGCUCGAACGAUGCUGCGAAAACGGUGUCUACUACAACGGUGGUGCCGUAGGAUUCUACUCCGGUGAUAUCAAAGAACUAACCAAUGACCUGAAAGCCCUGAAGCCUACGCUAAUGCCAGCUGUACCAAGGUUGCUGAAUCGAGUGUACGAUAAAAUCUACUCCGAGGUAUCGCGCUCAUCGGUCAAGAAGCUGCUACUCAGGAUGGCACUGAACGCAAAAGAAGCGGAAAUCAAACGAGGAAUAGUGCGACGAACCAGCAUGUGGGACAAGCUGGUGUUCCGGAAGAUUCAGGAAGGCUUCGGUGGACGGUUACGGUUGAUGGUGGUGGGAUCGGCUCCCCUUUCGCCAACAGUGCUCUCGUUCUGUCGAGCGGCUCUCGGAUGCCUGAUUUGCGAAGGCUAUGGCCAAACGGAGUGUACCGCUCCAAUCACACUGACUGUGCAAGGUGAUUUCGUCCCUGGACAUGUAGGUCCACCAGUUUCGUGUAACGCUGUGAAGCUUGUCGAUGUGCCGGAAAUGGAAUAUUAUGCCUCUCAGCAGCAGGGAGAAAUCUGCGUUAAGGGCGCUAAUGUGUUUAUUGGCUACUACAAAGAUCCCGUCCGGACAGCGGAGACGAUUGACGAAGAUGGUUGGCACCACACCGGGGACAUCGGCCAAUGGCUCCCCAACGGUACGCUCAAGGUAAUCGAUCGUAAGAAGCACAUCUUCAAGCUGAGCCAGGGCGAGUACAUUGUACCGGAAAAGAUCGAAAAUGCUUACAUUCGCAGUCAGUACGUUGAGCAGGUGUUUGUCCACGGUGAAAGUCUUAAGAGCUGUGUUGUGGCGAUUGUAGUGCCUGACGUGGAAGUGGUCAAGCACUGGGCCAUCGAGAACAACAUUCCGGGAACGCUCAGCGUCCUGUGCAGCAAUCCCGACGUUAAGCAGCUCAUCUUGAACGAUAUGCUCGCCUGGGGCAAGGAGUUUGGACUUAAAUCAUUCGAACAGGUUAAGGACAUUUACCUUCACCCGGAUCCGUUCUCGGUGCAGAAUGGGCUGCUAACUCCGACUUUCAAGAGCCGACGGCCUCAAAUCAAGAGCUACUUUGCGCCACAACUGGACGAUAUGUACAAACACCUGGACUGAACAUGUUCCCUGUAUUAUCUGCCGUGUUAGCGAGCGAGUGUGAGAGCGUGAAAGGGUUUAGUGCGAGUAUGUAGCAACAUUUUAUCUCAUAUGACCGCUAGCUGGGACUUUCAAUUACUUGACGAAAAACGAUUUAUGAAUACCAACCAGAAUUACAUAACCCCAGUUAUAAUGUGGUGCUUAGGCAAAUACUGAUGAGAGCGUGUUUGCAUAUGUUUUGUGGAUACAAGCUCGAAAAAAAAACUGGUUGCACCUCCUAAGACUAAAAUCCACAAUAAACAGUUGCCAAGCGCCAUUUUUGUGCUUCAAACGCAACGUAAAUCUUUGAUUUAUAUCAUUCAGAUUGCCGAUAGUGUUGCAGAUCGAUGAAAAGCCUUUUAAAUAAAGCGGGCAAUCUUAACUGAAUUUUACUUACUAAAACAGGACUUAAACCUUCAUAAAACCAAAAGCUACUUAGUUGUUACUUAAUAAAUUAUGAAACUUCGAAACAAUUUCGAACCCGGUUACAAAAUAUAGAAACAAGAAAUUACUUAAAAUGAGGCAUGCUAUACAGUAGUAGAAAACUUUAUAAUGGAAUUUAUAGCGGUUGGAUUCUUGAGUCAAUUUUCAAUUCUUAUGACGUUAAGCUCCCGAACAAAAGAUUCACUUCUCGGGGUUAUCAACUUUAAACCAUCACAAAUACUGACUUAAGAAUAUGACAAGGAAAAAGUACUAUUGUAACUAGGGAACUAGUUUUUACUCAAUAAUUCCUAUCUUUGAAAAUCCAAUUUAGGUUGAAUCCUUAGCAAUUUUAGGUGAUGAGCUCUAGUCAAGUUUUUCUGUUCUUUUAAAACUUUCUUUUUCGUAAAACAAUACGCACGAUAAAAUGAUAUUCUAUCUUUUCAUGUUUGUAUUGCGACAAUAUCACUUAGUAGCAAGUUAGCAAAUGUUUUAUGUAUACAUUUUAUAUAAAAAGAAACAAAAAACAUGAUACUGGGUUUUCACAUAAAAAUAAAACGAUGUCCGAUUUACAGUUUGCAAAAUUAUAAUUAUGCAUUUCCAGACGUGAGCAAUUCAAAUUACGUAAUCCAGAAAAUUUGUUGAAUAACUACCGCAUUACAUACCACAAACAUAUGAGUUCUACUGGAAAGGUGCUGCGUUAGUCCGUGUAGAAAGAAAGGCAGAUAGGUUAAUAUAAUUAUGUUUUACGAAGAAUGUUUAAACCAAAACCAAAAAAAAUCAACUUCGCAUCGACUAAUAGAUACACUCGAAUCGACAGGUCAAAUUAAGCCGUUCAAAUCACAUUCACACACUGAAGCAAAAUACGAAUGAGUACACACAAAAUCGAUUAAAUUGCAAUAAAAAAAACAGACUCACACGAUGAAAAACUACACAAACACACAUACGUUGAGAAAUGGAAUGAAAAGAUACCAUGUAGCGAUAUUGUAGAAUAUUGACAAAACACAUUACACCAUCAGCUGUUGAUGAGCUGACCUAAAAUUAAAUGAACUAAAGAAAGAAAACUCUAAUGAGCUGGAUUUAAAGGCAAUGGAUAAUAUGAUACAGCAGCUAACUAACGGAACACUUUUCACCGGGCGCCUAUUUAAUUGUAGAAUAAAUUGCAAUACUAUGUAGUUAGUUGAAACAGUGAUGGUGAAAAUCAAAA